AUAUCUUCCACAUUGUAGAUUAACUGGGAAAAAAAAAAAAAAUGGGAGUUCCUUUCUUUCUCUCCGUUCUUCUUCUUCUUCUCCUUUGUCAACAUGGCUUUGGAUUCAGAUUUCGGAGCACUGCAGUUCUAGGGUAUGGGAGAGGUGAUGGAUAUCCCAGUGAAGGUAGAUCUUGUGCUUAUUCUCGCGAUCGUCGUUGUAGGGAUGCAGUUCCAUACCAGCGUGCUAGGAACGAGUUCAAUUGCGGUGCAGAUGAAGGCUUACCUUGUGAAGAAGUUUAUGCUCUUAGAGCAGUCAUCUCCAAGUUGGGGUUACCAAAACCCUCAAUUUCUCGUUCUUACUGCUCAGAGUCCGAUGAUAAUAGCAUUUCCAUCCAAUGUGACUGCGAUAAAACGGCCACCAAUAUUUGUCACAUCACUUCUGUAGUUACAUUCAGCAUGAGCUUGAGUGGAAAUAUUCAUGAGCGUUUAUGUGAGCUCACAUACCUGGAAAAUAUUGAUUUUUCCAACAACCAACUUCAUGGUACCAUUCCAGAGUCCCUGGGGAACUUGACUCGGCUAAAAACUUUAAAUCUUGGACUCAAUCAAUUAUCUGGGCCAAUACCGCCAACCUUAGGGAAGCUGGUGGCUCUGGAAACACUUGAUCUGCAUAAGAACUUCUUGACUGAAUCCAUACCCACAUCUUUGGGUAAUUUUAUAAACCUCAGUACUCUGUCUUUGGAGAAUAAUAUGUUAUCAGGUCCAAUUCCUAAAGAAUUGGGCAACCUCUUAAAUCUCACUACACUGAGAUUGGAAGAGAAUCAACUCUCUGGUUAUAUUCCACCAGAACUUGGAAAUUUGAGUAAUCUUGAAGAACUUUCUUUGCAUUCCAACAAUUUGACUGGACGAUUGCCAGAAAGUUUUGUCGAUCUUACAUCUCUGCGUCUCUUUAAUGUUGCUGGGAACAAGUUGAAUGGUGCGAUACCACCGUUCAUCGCAAAUUUGACGAAUCUCUAUUCCCUGUACCUCAUGGGAAAUGAUUUUGAAGGGAAGCUGCCUCCUGGAAUUUUUAAUAUGCCCAGUCUUCAAUAUUUGUGGGUGAGUGAUCUUAAUAACUCUGGUUUCUCUUUCCCUGAAUUUGCAAAUCUGACAAACAUAUAUAACCUGAUACUGAGGAAUUGCUCACUUACUGGUGGAAUCCCCGAAUACAUUGGUAAUAAUUGGACAUCAUUAAAUUACCUUGACUUGAGCUUUAACAGCUUGACCGGUUCGAUCCCACGAUCUUUGGAUUUGGAUAGACUGUUACUCACAAACAAUAAGCUUAAUGGGCAAAUUCCUCCAUGGAUUCAGGACAUAGAUGAAGUGGAUUUGUCGUAUAAUAACUUCACAGAUUUCAGCAUAGAUAACAUUCCAGGUCCGCCCCACCCUAAUUCAACAGAAGUCAAGAUCCCAGGCCCUGGAAAGCCAAAUAUUACUGAACCAAACAGGGAUUCUAUACUUGCAUUGAGCAAGAACUGCACAUCAAAAUAUCAUUCCUUGUUCAUAAACUGCGGUGGGGCACGCACUCUCGCUGAAGGGAAUCAAUAUGAUGAAGAUAAUGCAACAGAAAAUUUUUACAGCAUUCCAGGAAAGUGGGCUUAUUCUUGUGCUGGAGGCUUCAUCUCAACAACCAGCAGCCCAAGCGAUUAUGUCAAAAACAUGACCUGUGGAGUUUCUGUUUCAGAAGAAUCAUUAUAUAAAACAGCUCGGCUUUGCCCUGUUUCUCUGACAUACUACGGGUUCUGUCUGCAUAAAGGAAAUUACACGGUGGAACUUCACUUUGCUGAAACUGUUUAUACGCAGGAUGAAGACUAUAGCAGCUUAGGGACUCGUAUUUUCGAUGUAUAUAUUCAGGGUGAGAGAAAACUGAAGGAUUUCAACAUAAAAGAGAAGGCCAAAGGUACAAAUGAAGCGUGGAAAAAAAAGUUCCCUGCAAUUGUGGAUGACCAUCCAUUGGAAAUUCAUUUUUUCUGGGCUGGCAAAGGAUCUCUAUUUAACCCACCAGCUCUGAAUGGACCUCUUGUAUCUGCCAUCUCUGUAACACCAAACUUCGAUGUUCAUGAUCGGAAGCUGUCUGCUUCUCAAAUAGCCGGGAUCACCAUAGGUUGUGCAUUUGCUCCGUUACUUCUAUUUCUUUUCAUAUGGAAAAUGGGAUUUCUAGGGAAUAGAGAGUUGCGAGAAAAACAAAUAGAAGUCCAGAAAAGAUCUUUCACCCUUCAACAGAUAAUAGAUGGUACUAAAAAUUUCAGCUCCAAAAUGGAGAUUGGUAGAGGACGUUUCGGCGUAGUAUACAAGGCUGAAUUGCCCUAUCAGAUUAAACUAGCAGUGAAAAAGAUUUCUCCGCAAUCAAAACAGCAAGACAAAGAUGAAUUAAAAAGUGAAAUCGGCAACCUGAUGUCCUUGAGUCAUGAAAAUCUUGUUCAACUGUUGGGUGGCUAUUCCAAUAAAGACCUGCAUCUGCUAUUUUAUGAAUACAUGGAAUCUGGUUCCCUUCAUCAAGCCUUGUUUGAACAAAAAAUUACAAACUCUGAGACAGAACUUCAUUGGAGAGCUAGAUAUGAUAUUUGCCUAGGAAUAGCAAAAGGUUUGAAGUAUCUACACGAAGAAGAAGAAAAAAGGAUCAAAAUCAAGAUUGUUCAUGGGAAUAUAAAUGCCAAGAACAUUUUGCUUGAUAAAACUCAUACCGCAAAGUUAUCAGACUUCGGAUUGGCAACAAUUUACAAUGAGGAAGAUCCAUUUACAACCAUCAAAGCAAGGGGAUCGCGAGUAUACAUGGCACCUGAGCAUGCAUUGGGGAAAGCCAUAACAGUUAAAGCAGAUGUGUACAGUUAUGGGGUUGUAGUACUUGAAAUAGUCAGCGGGAGAAGUAAUACUGAAUAUAUUCCAAACCAGGAAGCUGACUUCCUUUUAGAUACUGCUGGUCGUUUACACCAAGCUGGAAGGAUUCGGGAUUUGGUUGAUAAGAAGUUAGGAUCCAGAUUUGAUAAUAAACAGGCUCUCACUCUUUUGCACUUGGCCAUGGAGUGCAUCAAUCAGUCCCCUACUCUCAGGCCUAGCAUGUCCAAAGUUGUUACUAUCCUUUCCAAUCCCAAAGACAAUGCUCUCUCAUCAAAUUCCGAAGUUGUGUGAUCAAGACUGGGUUGAUGACGUUGAGAAUUAAUACAUUUCUCAAGUAUGGUGGAUGCUUCUUCUAGUAAAGAAAGUAUAUCAUGUCUUGAAUAAUAAUCUAGAAUUGUCUACUAUAAGUCGAUUGCCUAGUGAUGAAUUCUACACUAGUACUAAAAGUUGUAUAAUAAGAAAUGUCUAGAACAUGCGUGGAUCAGAUACUGUUGUCUAUAAAUAGCCAUGCUUGUAUAGCUAUGUGAAUGUGCCAGAACGGACACCAAAUGCUUGCUUCAAAUUCUAAUGGUGUGCCAUCUUCUAGGCAUCUAGCUUAGCAACCUUGAGCAUCAUCCUUGUUUCCUAUAUAAUUAACCUAGAUGUUCCCCUCUCUUCUAUUCCUUUUAACUAAA